AUGAGCAUCCCGUCGGCCUCUGUAUUAGUCAAAGACGUCGUUAAUUUACUGCACGAGAAAGGAGAAAAAUACUCGGGGAAAGCAGCAAGCGAUGAAAUAAACGGGCUUGUUUCAGAACUAUCUUUGCUCCAGAAAAUAGUGGAAGAAAUUGACAAGGAACAACGAAUUCAUGAUUGGUUGACAGAAGUAGAGAAAACCUGUUAUGAUGUGGAAAAUAUAAUGGUUGAAACCCAAAACAAGAAUGCUGACUUUCUUUUUCUCGGAACCAUCAAAAGGUGGUUUUUCUCUGAUGUAGAUGAUGAUUUUCCGAGGCAAAUUUCCCUACUCAGAAAAAGGAUCAGACACCUGCUGGAAGUCGGGGAGCUUUUGUCACAGGACCAGCAAAACAACAGGCCUCCCCUACCUUCUGGUUUACUCCAGAAAAAGGAUUCUGUUGCUGUUGGAUUAUUCAAUGAGUUGGACUUCCUUUUGAAUCGGAUUCUUGAAUCGAAAUCGGAUUCUUUUUCCCCCAACAUAAUUUCUGUGGUGGGCAUUGGCGGCUUGGGGAAGACAACCCUUGUGAGUUCGGCACAGCGCGACUUUGACCAAUUGUGGGGAGCUUUAGGUUCCAUUAUUGAGCAACUUGUACCGGCCGCCAACGAGAUGUUGAGAAACUGUUCUAUUAUGGGCAUCACCGUCAACAUUCGCAGCCUACUGGCUUCUGCAAAAUGCUUAGUGGUUAUUCAUGAUUUGUGGUCACUGGAUUACCUAGACUGGCUAAGCAGUUGUUUAGGAAUUAGGGAAACAACUAGUAAAUUAGUAGCCACCACUCGGUUUCAGGAAUUAGCAACAUCUAAUCCAUCGAUUGAACUUUUCAAGUUGAGGCACCUAACUGAAGAGGAAAGUUUGGAGCUCCUUGUUCACAGAGUAUGCGUGAAUAUCCCUGAAGUCAAAGACGUCGUUAAUUUACUACACGAGAAAGGAGAAAAAUACUCGGGGAAAGCAGCAAGUGAUGAAAUAAAUGGGCUUGUUUCAGAACUAUCUUUGCUCCAGAAAUUAGUGGAAGAAAUUGACAAGGAACAACGAAUUCAUGAUUGGUUGACAGAAGUAGAGAAAACCUGUUAUGAUGUGGAAGAUAUAGUGGUUGAAAACCAAAACAAGAUUGCUGACUUUCUUUCUCUCAGAACCAUCAAAAGGUGGUUUUUCUCUGACGUAGAUGAUGAUUUUCCGGGGCAAAUUUCCCUGCUUAGAAAAAGGAUCAGACACCUGCUGGGAGUCGGGAAGCUUUUGUCACAGGGCCAGCAAAACAACAGGCCUCCCCUGCCUUUUGGUUCACUCUAG